GGCCUCGUCAACAAAGCACCCAUGCUACCAACAAACGCGAGAUUCACAGGCUCCCCGUAAUAAGCGAGCGCGAGGCGAUCGAUCCUCGAUAGGUUUCUUUUAGAUCAAAAUCAGAUCAGCGACGAUACAUGCCGCACGGGCAGGAGUCUUCGACGGAGGCCGCCGCCGGUGGGGGCGCGCCGCUGUGCGCGAACGGCUGCGGGUUCUACGGGAGCGAGGCAACCAAGAGCAUGUGCUCAAAGUGCUACCGCGACCACCUCAAGGCGACAGGUGUGGCUGGCCCCGCCGUCGAGGGGAAGAUCAAUGCCGACGACCUCAUCCACACCUUCAAGAAGUCGGUGAGCCUGCAGGACUCUACCGCUGCAGCUGCUGCGGAGGCGGCACCGGAGGCCGAUGCGCCAGCGAAGAAGGCGGCGCCAACCAGGUGCAUGGCGUGCAAGAAGAAGGUGGGGCUGCUGGGGUUCGCGUGCCGCUGCGGUGGCACCUUCUGCUCGCUGCACCGCUACGUGGACGGGCACGCAUGCGGUUUCGACUACAAGAAGGUCGGCCGUGAGCAGAUCGCGCAGCAGAACCCUCUCGUCGCGCCGUCCAAGCUCCACAACAAGAUUUGAAUAAAGGCAGGAGGAGUUGGAAAACAUAUGUACAGUUUUAAUUUACUCGUUGGAUGUACUAUCUCUCCUACUACUUAAUUAGAUCUUUCAAGCACUAGCUCCAUAAGUUGAAGAGGGUCGACCUCGAUCUUUCAUCAUGUUAUUCGA